UGGCAGGCCAGCACUGAUGCAGGGACAGCAGGCGCCCUGACCCCUCAGCAUGUCCGAGCUCAUUCCUCUCCAGCAUCACUGCAGCUGGGAGCUGUUUCUCCAGGGACGCUUACACCCUCUGGAGUAGUGACUGGACCUGGAGCUCCAUCUUCUCAACAUCUCCGCCAGUCUUCGUUUGAGAUCCCUGAUGAUGUACCUUUGCCACCAGGUUGGGAGAUGGCUAAAACACCAUCUGGACAGAGAUACUUUCUUAAUCACAUUGAUCAAACAACAACAUGGCAAGAUCCUAGGAAGGCCAUGCUUUCCCAGAUGAAUGUUACAGCUCCCACCAGUCCUUCCGUGCAGCAGAACAUCAUGAACUCAGCAUCAGGCCCACUCCCCGAUGGAUGGGAACAAGCUAUGACCCAGGAUGGAGAAAUUUACUACAUAAACCAUAAGAACAAGACCACAUCUUGGCUAGACCCAAGGCUUGACCCACGCUUUGCCAUGAAUCAGCGAAUCAGCCAAAGUGCUCCAGUGAAGCAGCCACCCCCUCUGGCUCCUCAGAGUCCCCAGGGUGGUGUGAUGGGUGGGAGUAGCUCCAAUCAGCAACAACAGAUGAGACUUCAGCAGCUACAGAUGGAGAAGGAAAGGCUGAGACUGAAGCACCAAGAACUGCUUCGGCAGGCAUUGCGGAAUAUCAAUCCCAGCACAGCAAAUUCUCCAAAACAUCAGGAAUUGGCUCUCCGUAGCCAGCUUCCAACUAUGGAACAAGAUGGUGGAUCUCAAAAUCCUGUGUCGUCUCCUGGAAUGUCUCAGGAACUGAGAACAAUGACUACAAAUAGUUCUGAUCCCUUUCUUAACAGUGGAACAUAUCACUCCAGAGAUGAAAGCACAGACAGUGGACUUAGCAUGAGCAGUUAUAGUGUACCCAGAACCCCCGAUGACUUCCUGAACAGUGUUGAUGAGAUGGAUACAGGUGACAGUAUCAGCCAAAGUAACAUACCGUCCCAUCAGAACCGUUUCCCAGACUACCUUGAAGCCAUUCCAGGGACAAAUGUGGACCUUGGGACACUGGAAGGAGAUGGGAUGAAUAUAGAAGGAGAAGAACUGAUGCCAAGUCUGCAAGAGGCUUUGAGCUCUGACAUCCUUAAUGACAUGGAAUCUGUCUUGGCAGCCACCAAGCUAGAUAAAGAGAGUUUUCUUACUUGGUUAUAGGGGCCUCAGGGAGACUGAAUUCUAUAUCUGUGAAGGAUCUAAGGAGAAUAGGACAUCUGUAUCUGAAGUUCAGAACAAGCCAGUGUGGCACACUGGCUUGUGUUCAGAAAAAGUACAUGAACAGAUAUUCAACAAGAUUCUUUCGUUUUGCUCUUCCUUGUCCAUCGCUGCUGUUAUAUAUUGCUGACUUUUUUCCACAGUUGACUCUGAAGAACAGACAUCUUCUUGAUCUUUUUCUAUUGCUGUUGCAACUACUGUUCAAGGGGGGUGGGGAGGGAUGAUGAGCCUAUUUGGAUGACGAAUGCCAUUCCUUUUGUCCUAGUGUGCGCUUGCAUAUCAUUUUAUCUAAGUACUCAGAUUUGAGAGUUAAUUUCUGCAUGUCACUGCUUGUAGUUUGCUCAGAUAGUUGUCUCCUGCUGCCUGUGGCAAGUGGUAAAACAUGACAUACUGGGGUGACAAGCCAAAAAUGAUGUAUCUGGUCAAAAGAAGUCAAUACUGAUUUGGAGAUACGACUUAAAGGAGGGCUGAAGACUGUUUGGCAUUAAGUGUUUCUACUAGUAGCUCUUUCAUUAGUCACAAAGUGCUCUUGUUCAUAUCUUAUGUUAUAGUAAAUCAUGAGUCAUUUUACAUAGAAACAUAUAUGAACUUUGAUUGUUGCCACAUAUUCUAGCCUAACUUUUGUUUGUCAAAAAUAGUUUGAUUAUUUUUGUUAGUUGGUUUAACUGUAGCUGUAGGAUGGGAAGUAAUUAUAGGUGUUCUUUUUUUAAAAAAUAGUGAAAUCCAAAGGGUUUUUCUGAUUUCACAUAGUCUUAUUUAAAUCUGAAUUGUCUGCUUUUUUUAUACUUAAAACAUGCCUAUUGUAGCCUGAUAAGCUAGUGAGUACAUAAACCAGUAUGUUUUGCCUAUAACUUUUUUAUUUUUUUAAAAGGCUAGCUUUGAAUGUAAUCAAUUAGAAUUCAUGACCAGUGGCUUAUUUUUCAUGUUUAUUUGCAAGGUUUUGAAUUAGAAUCUGAUUGCAGAAGUGUAAAAGUUAGAUUCCCAAGUGUCAUAUGUACGAUUUUUAAAUGCGUUUUAAAGUAGCAGAAACCAUUUUAAAAUGACAGAUGCGUCUAAUCUCUCUUCUGGUUUUCAGUUUUGAUAUCUAAGCGAGUUUAGAUUUUAAAAUCCUUAAUGGGAAAAAAUUUUAUGAAAAGUUUCUCUUAAGUUAGCAUGGAAAAGGUCUGAACUAUUAAUAUCACUAGUUGCAAUGAAAAGGCUAGAACACCAGAAAAAAAAAAAAAUCCUCAAGAAAAACUCCUAAGUGUAACAGUUAUCAAAUUCUGUUUGGUGAAAAAUAAGCCCUGGACGCUAUAUGUAGAAGAAUGUAAAGAUAUGUGCUAGAUGGUGACAUGAGCAGGUAAUGAAGUGUAUAUUAGUAGUAGAGCUUAGCAUGGGGUAGAGGUGAAUAUGAAUUAUCUUUAUUUUAACAGGAAGAGAUGUAUCACUAAGUUGUCUGCAGGAGUUGACACAGCUUCCAAAGAGUAUUUUUAAAUGAACAAAAUGAGCAUGAAUCAAACUUUUAGUAUAAGCUAUGAAGUUUCAUGGGGCUUUUGUUUUUUUCUGAUGAAAAGUAGUGUCACCAGUUAACACCUCUCUAAUUAAGGGCCUGUCGCCAUUCUCAACAUGAGCCUUUAUUUUGAAGGGUGUAUAACUUGACAAUAAAGAUACUGUAAGUGUGAA